CAAUAACAAUACACACACAACACCGUAUUAGUAGCGCGCCCUUUCCGCAACCAGGACCCCGAAACCCAACCCGACAUGCUGACGGGCUCGCGAGUCUUGCGAGCAGCCGACCGGCAGACAAGGACAUGCAUCGUUACAAGAGCUCAAAACGAACCGGGGCGUAGACCGCCACCUUUGCCACAGCUGCCCCGGCCCCAAGUGCCACCGCCCCCUCUUCCGCCUCGCGGUGUUUACAACGACUACCCACCAUACGUGGGGCAGCCGCAACACCAUCAAUACCAGCAGCCGGCGACCGGGCCCUUCAGUCAGCCCAUUGGCCCCAAUUCCUCGGUGAAGCCCGAGGACAGCAAGGCGGAGUCAUCGCUGCUUGGCGGAUUUGCGCAGGCGGUAGUUGCAGCAGCUUUCGUCGUGGGACUGGGCAUCGGGACCUGGUUCGAUAGCGAGGUGGUGCUCACGCCGGCCAACGUUUCCAGCACAGAAAUUAUUGACCGCGCGGUGCCUAACGCGGACAUUUGCAUGGCGAACGGCUACUCGGCAUCUGUGCUCAGCAUGAACGUCUUUGUGACGUACAACCCCUUCAACGUGUACAUCAGCCAGCCGCAGGUCAAGGGCGGCUGCGUGCUGCGCCGCGCCAACGUGGGCUUGCUGGAGCGCGAGCAGCUGGUGACGCCGCACGACGUGGACCUGUGCAAGCAGCGCAUGAACACCUUCGCCUACGUGGGCGACCUGAAGAGCGAGCCCGAGGUGGCGUGCGUGUACCACAGCGAGGAGGCCGAGAACCAGUACCUGGAGGUGCUGGGCAACAAGUCCCGCAUGUCGCAGCUACUCGUGAACCAGCAGAAGCAGCAGCCCGCAGCGGCAGCAGCAGGCGCGGCGGCUGGGGCGGCGGCAGCGGCAACGCAGUGAGCAGUGUGUGGACGGCGGCGCGAGGGACGGUUGGUGGGCUGCGGCGGCGCUCACGCAUGUCUGCGAGCUACCGCUUGGACUGCAGGCAAGUUGUCGGCGGCAUGGCUUACUUCGGGGGUGGGGGGCAACCGGGACGCCGGGCGAGAUGCUGGGCGGAAGGCUUCUUGUGGGUGGAGGUACGGUCAACAGUGACAAGCGCUUGGCCCGUGUGGGCGCAUAAGCGCCGAGGAGGGCAGCACUGCGGAUCGGGCGUGGUGGACUGGCGGGUAUGAGGCGGCGGCGGGCCACCGUCGGUGAGGCUGUGGUCGUGAGUGGCUCGUGGCUUGAGGCUGUUAGCUGUUGCGCGUCCCAAAUGCUUAUCGACAAAGCGUCCCGGGCUGUUCUGCUAGUACCGUAAUUGGUGUUUUUUUGUUUGGGACAGCGUGACAACUCUUACACGGUGCAAUAAGGCCCAACAAGGCCACUUGCCGGCGCAUGCGCAUAUGCAUGCGUGUGCGCGCAAGGCACACGGCGCAAAUGCCUUGUGUCAUCGACAGCGGACAUGGCAGGGAGCCCGGCGGCUGGCUGCCGUGCGGCACCAGGAGUCAUGCGCACGGCCAGCCUGCCUGGCGCACAGGAGUUGCAACAGUUGCAAUUGUAGAGGUACGGUGUGUCAAGCCGGCUGGUCAUUGAUAGAGUGUGUACAGUGUCGGCUUGCGUAGCAUUUUUUUGAUGUUUGGAGAAAGCUGUGGGUGGCUGUGCUUGGCUGCUGGACCGAGGCUAGUCCGGCCUGAGAUGAUGGACGUGAUGGGGUAUGGGUCCACUUUCCGUUGGAGAGAAGAGACCGUGUUUCCCGUGAUGCGGCAUGAGUGAGUUAGCGGAAUGCAUGGUUUGUGCUUAUGGGCGGGGGUGCAACACCUGCUGGUGCACAUGGCAUAUGCCCUCUGGGCGCUGACAGUGAUUGGGCUCGGCGCGUCGGUACGGUCUGUACAAGUAGCACCUUCAGAUGGUGGCAUUGAUCAAUACGGUGUGUCGUGAUGACGACGUCGAUGUUUUCCAACGAGGGCAUUGGGGCAAUGAACAGUUUGGUAUCUGAUCGCCCUUAUGAAGAAUUGGCUGGGGGCUCAGUGGCGUCCGAAGGCCGAGGUGCAUUAUACACUUGAUAUUGUUUGGACGCUCGACUUGCGCAUGGGAGUGAUGGGACGACCCUGGGAAGCAGGCGCAAUCGGCUGCAUUCAGCCGUGAUGUAACAGUACCGCAGG